AUGUGCGGGAAGUCCAAUUUAAGUAUGCAAUUGAAAGACGACUCAGCUCAUAGUCUCCCAGAUAAGCCACCAGAGACAUCAGAAAAUGACAAUGAGUAUGAUCACCAUUUUGAUUCAGAAAGUGAUGAUGAAUACUCCAAAACCAAUUCAGCUCAAUUUUCAACAUCUCAAGAUAGAUAUAUGAAAGACCACGACCUUAAAUUGAAAACUUUUCAAGCAUUACACAAUGGGAAUCAACAAUUUACUCCAUCACCUCCUGGAAAAUCAAAUAUCAAAAGAAGACCAUCAAUUAUUGAUUUACCGUAUGGUCAUAACAGUCAUCCAUUACCAACUCAAGCACCUCACCUUGAAAGCUCUUUAGCGAACCCAUUAGCUGCUCAAAACGCAUUGCCCGAAGAAUAUCCUUCUGAUGAGUUGAUUGAAUUCUAUCAACACGUUAAACAAUGCUUGGAUUUAAGACAUAAAUACUUGGAGCUAUCAUUACAAAUUCCAGAACUGUUAAACCCUAAAAAUCAACCAGAUUGGAAAAUUUACCCACCACCACCAAAACCGACCUAUAAAUCCAAAAAUAAAUUUAAUCAAACUAGCAAACAUGAAAAUGAACAAGAAGAAUUUGAUUUUAGCAAGUGUGAGAUUCCGGAUUUAAUUGGAAAUGAAUACUACUUUGUUUUAGAUGAUCAAGGAGUUUAUCAAGUUUAUAAUACAAAAGCUGAUAAAAAAUUAGUUGACGUCCCAACUUUAGAUGAAUACUAUUCAGAUAUGAAUACUAUCAGUAGAAUUUCAUCGGAUGGACCUACAAAAUCAUUUGCAUUUAAAAGAUUACAAUAUCUCGAAGCUAAAUGGAAUAUGUAUUAUUUAUUAAAUGAAUUUGAAGAAACUAAACAGUCCAAAAGAAAUCCUCAUCGUGAUUUUUAUAAUGUUCGUAAAGUUGAUACUCACAUUCAUCAUUCUGCAUGUAUGAAUCAAAAACAUUUACUUAGAUUUAUCAAAUAUAAAUUAAAAACUGAUCCUGAUGAGCCAGUAAUUUUCAGAGAUGGUAAGAUUUUGACACUUGCUGAAGUAUUCAAAUCAUUAAAUUUAACAGCUUAUGAUUUAUCAAUUGAUACUUUAGAUAUGCAUGCACAUACCGACACAUUCCAUAGAUUUGAUAAAUUCAAUUUGAAAUAUAAUCCCAUUGGUGAAUCAAGAUUGAGAGAAAUUUUUUUAAAAACAGAUAAUUUCAUUGAUGGUAAAUAUUUAGCUGAAAUUACAAAACAAGUAAUGGAAGAUUUAGAAAACUCAAAAUAUCAAAUGUGCGAGCUAAGAAUUUCUAUAUAUGGUAGAUCAAUUCAUGAAUGGGAUAAAUUAGCAGCUUGGGUUAUUGACAACAAGUUAUUCAGUCAUAAUGUUAGAUGGUUGAUUCAAGUUCCAAGAUUAUAUGACAUCUAUAAGAAAAAUGGAAAUGUCCGUUGCUUUUUAGAUAUAGUUAAAAACUUAUUCGAACCAUUAUUUGAAGUAUCUAAAAAUCCUAAAACACAUCCAAAACUUUAUGUAUUUUUACAAAGAGUUGUAGGGUUUGAUUCAGUUGAUGAUGAGUCAAAAGCCGAUAAACCUAUACAAUCAAGAAAAUAUCCACCUGCUAGCGAAUGGAAUUAUACUUCAAAUCCUCCAUACUCUUACUAUUUAUAUUAUUUAUAUGCAAAUAUUGCAACUUUGAAUCAUCUCAGGUUGAAAAACAAUAUGAAUACCUUUGUUUUAAGACCUCAUUGUGGAGAAGCAGGAGAUCCAGAACAUUUGAUUAGUGCAUUUUUAACAUCAUAUGGAAUAUCUCAUGGUAUUUUAUUAAGAAAAUUACCUUUUAUUCAAUACCUUUAUUAUCUUGAUCAAAUUGGUAUUGCAAUGUCACCACUUUCAAACAAUGCAUUAUUUUUAACAUACGACAAAAACCCGUUUUAUAAUUUUUUCAAAAAGGGAUUGAAUGUUUCUUUAUCUACUGAUGAUCCUUUACAAUUUUCAUACACUAAGGAACCAUUGAUUGAAGAAUAUUCAGUUGCUGCCCAAAUUUAUAAAUUAUCAAGCGUUGAUAUGUGUGAAUUAGCUAAAAAUUCAUGUUUACAAAGUGGGUAUGAAGCAGAAAACAAAAAACAUUGGUUAGGUAAAAAUUAUAUGCUUGGUGGAGUUGAAGGUAAUGACAUUGAAAAGACAAAUAUUCCAAACAUUAGAUGUGAAUUUCGUGAUCAAACCCGUAAAUCUGAAGAGCAUUUAAUAGAUUAUUAUAAUAAAAUUGGUGAAAAAGAAGCUGAAAAAAAAUAA